AUGUUCAAAGUGUUGCCGCACUGGUCGGCGACGGCGUGGAAUCCGGGGGGAACAGGUCCUUCCCAGACUCUGUGGAAGUUCAUGCUUGUGAGAGCGAUGACCCUGCUAUCGCACCACACUCUGCUCCGCGGUGCCAGCGUACGCGAGAUCACGCUCGCCGACAUCUUUCUGUACCGCCUUGCUAGCGGGCCGUCGAUGAACCUUGACAACCGGCCAAUGGUCAUGGUCAUCGCGCAGCGCUACUUGAAGAUGUGCAAGGACGCCCGUCUUCAUCACAGCUACGCGGCGAGGCACUUAGAGGCGGAACUGUGUGUUGUGGGCGAUACAAUCCUCUGGCUGCACUUCAUCUACGACCAGGUCCCCCAGAUCUUCGGCGUCCGCAUAAUUCCGCCGUUGGACGUACGCCGACCGGAGCUCUGGUACGACAAGCAUCUCUUCUUUGCCCGCUACGACAAGGAUCAGGGUUUGCUGCCGUCGUCGAGCCAGCAACGAAUCACUCGGCAGCUGUGGACGGCCAACAAGGUUUUCAUCAAGCGCAACGUGCACGCCGCUCGUGCCGGCGGGGCACAAGAGCUGGCUGACCAAGGCACGCCGCGCGCUGAGAUAGCCGAAUUGGGUCACUGGGCUAUUGACAAGAUGACUAGGAGUUACAUCACUUCAAUUCCAGUCAAGGUGGUGAUGAGGAAGGCCGGCUACUCCGGAGCCCGAAGCAACUACUUCCUGGGCCGCAGCAGGCUACCUCCCAGCGCAGACCUCGAAAAAACCAUCGCCGUGCACAUAUUUCCCGGCGUCGAGGAACAGUUGGGGGCGCUGUGGCGAGACACAACACACAGCGACCUCACUGGUGGAGAGGGCGAGGCGUGCACCUGA